AUGGCACAAAAGCAUCCAAUGGCCUCACGUUGCAUGAUAAUAGCACUCGUCGUGAUGAGCACGUUGCUUUCCAUGGUGUGCCAAUCCAGGCUUUUGACCGAUUCACUGUACCACGAGCUCCUUUCUCUCCCCAUCGCCGGACACCUCCACGUCGACCCCGAAUCCAUCAGUGCGGCCUCCAUCAACUAUGGCCUCAUCGUCCAAGAGAUACCCGCUGCUGUCCUUCGCCCAUCUCGCCUCGAAGACAUCGUGACUCUCGUGGCGUUCGCAUACAAUGGAUCCUCUAUCCCUCUCACCAUCUCUGCUAGAGGAUGCGGCCACUCCGUCCGGGGACAGGACCUGGCUCGCGAUGGGGUUGUCGUGAACAUGACGUCUCUUGGUAAUGAGCGGCAGGGGACCACCGUGUCAUGGAGCCAGUCGCUUGGCCACUAUGCCGACGUCAACGGCCAGCAACUUUGGAUCGAUGUGUUGGAGGAGACGUUGAAACAUGGCGUGGCACCGGUUUCGUGGACAGAUUACUUGUACCUAACCGUGGGUGGUACACUCUCAAACGCAGGCAUUAGCGGGGAAACAUUUCGACAUGGUCCUCAGAUCAGCAAUGUCCACGAAAUGGAUGUCAUUACCGGAACUGGGCACUUUUUGACUUGCUCAUCCCAAAAAAAUCCGGAGUUAUUUUAUUCUGUCCUAGGUGGUCUUGGUCAAUUUGGCAUAAUAACCCGAGCAAGGAUUGCAUUGGGUCGAGCUCCAGAGAGAGCUAAGUGGGUGAGGAUGAUAUACAGCGAUUUUUCGGCUUUUACGACGGACCAAGAGCAGUUGAUAUCGCGCCAUGGAAGGGACCGAGAUGAAGAGCUCGACUACGUAGAAGGUUUCCUUCUCAUGCGCCGAAAUUCGGACACUUGGAUAUCUUUCUUCCCACCCUCGGACCACCCGUGGCUGAUGUCCCUCGUGAUCGAACACGAGCUCCUCUACUGUAUCGAAGUAGCCAAGUACUUCGACGGACGCACUCAAAGUACAGUAGACAAGGACCUGGAGAUGACAUUGAAAGAUUUGAGCCAUGUCCCCGAAUUCCUGCACCAAAAGGAUGUCGCCUAUGUAGAUUUCUUGAAUAGAGUACGAGUUGGUGAGCUGGAGCUCCGACGACAGGGGCUAUGGAACGUUCCCCACCCGUGGCUCAACCUAUUUGUGCCCAAAUCUCGCAUCGCCGAUUUCAACACGGGCGUUUUCAAGAACAUUGUUCUGAAAAAGAACAUAACAACCGGACUUGUCAUCAUUUAUCCUAUGAACAACGACAAAUGGGAUGCAAGAAUGUCUGCUGUUGUACCUGAUGAAGACGUCUUCUAUGCGGUUGGAUUCUUGCAUUCAAGUGGGUUUGAAGACUGGCAAGAGUUCGACCUUCAGAAUAAGGAGGUGCUCCUUUUUUGUGAAGAUAAUGGCAUUAAGGUUAAGCAAUACCUCCCAAAUUACAGCACCGAAAGAGAGUGGAUGCAGCAUUUUGGUCCGAAAUGGAGGACUUUUCAAGAGAGCAAAGCUCAGUUCGAUCCAAAAAUGUUGCUCUCUCCUGGGCAAAGGAUCUUCAACCAUAACUAAGUCAUGGAUUCAAAG